CUAUUACCUUCCUCUUCAUCCUUCAAUUCCGAUCCCCAGAUCCACACUUCAUUGAUCUUCUACUCCAAUAGCCCCCGCUAUACACCGUCAAGUUUCACGGUGAGCUUGAAUUCGACGUCCAGAAACGGAACUUGCGGCGUUUAGCUGAGCAUCGAUUUCUCAUUUGUGUGUCCGAAAGUCGAAACUGUAUUCCGCGGUUCUUAGCAGUGCAUUCGAAAUUGGAGGUUCUUUGAGAGCAAUCUAGAGGGGUUAGGGACUGGAAAUUUGAGGAAAAUGAUGAUUAAAGCUGCGAGCACGUCGAUUCGGGAUCGGACAAAUGAGUUUCAGAACAUAGCGGAGAGGCUGAAGAAGUCAUCUUCGUCGACGCAGAAUGGACCGACUAGCGCUGCUAGCAGCAGUAGUAGUGCGUCUAGGUCGGCGGAGGACCGGAGAUCAAUGGUCGCUUUGCAGUCGGAGUUCAAUAAAAGGGCGUCAAAAGUUGGGUUCGGGAUACACCAGACGUCGCAGAAGCUUGCAAAACUAGCAAAAUUGGCAAAAAGAACCUCUGUUUUUGAUGAUCCGACUUCAGAAAUUCAAGAACUGACUGCUGUUAUCAAACAAGAUAUUACUGCAUUGAACUCUGCUGUUGUUGAUCUUCAGCUUCAUUCUAACUCUGGUAAUGAAAGUGGUAACAGGGACACCACUAGUCAUUCAACUACAGUUGUAGAUGACUUGAAGAACCGCUUGAUGAGCACCACAAAGGAGUUUAAGGAUGUUCUAACCAUGCGAACAGAGAAUUUGAAAGUCCACGAAAAUAGAAGACAGUUGUUUUCUUCCUCCACUUCCAAGGAUUCCUCAAGUCCAUUUGUCCGUCAGCGUCCAUUAGGUUCAAGAUCUGCUGCUAGUAGCUCAGCUGCCCCUCCACCUCCUUGGGCUAAUGCAUCAAAAUCUUCUUCUCAGUUAUUUCCAAGGAAGCAAGCAGAUAGCGACACUCAACCAUUACUACAGCAGCAGCAGCAGCAACAACAACAACAACAACAACAAAUGGUUCCCUUGCAAGACAGCUACAUGCAGAGUAGAGCUGAAGCUCUACAAAAUGUGGAGGCUACAAUACAUGAACUUGGCAGUAUUUUUAAUCAGCUGGCCACCUUGGUUUCUCAGCAAGGAGAGAUAGCAAUCAGGAUUGAUGAAAAUAUGGAGGAUACACUUGCAAAUGUGGAAGGGGCACAAGGGGCGUUGCUCAAGUAUCUUAACAGCAUCUCAUCUAAUAGGUGGUUGAUGAUUAAGAUAUUCUUUGUAUUGAUUUUCUUCCUCAUGAUUUUUCUAUUUUUUGUGGCAUAGUAAAAUAUAUGCCUACUCUAGAAUGUCAACUUUGUUUGGGGUACUUUAAUUUCACCCCCGGGCAUGCCCUAGCCACAUUAGACGUCGAACCUCAUUUUGGGGUGUUAUAAUGAAUCAUGCGUUGUAAUUUUCUCCUCUAUUGAUAAUCUUAAGAAAUAAGAAUUAGUAUCCAUGCA